AUUUUUCUUUUGUGCAUUAAAGACAGCGUUUGAACGCGGUGAAUGCGCGUGGCUCCCCCCCUCGCGCACUGGACGCUCGCGUCGCUCGCUCGCCUCGCGCAGGGUUUGGCGUGGAGCUCGCGCAGGACUGGCUGUGCUCAGCGCCACUUCCGGUUUCCGUCAUUUCAUUCUCCCGCCGAUGCGCGCGGCUCGACUCUCUGCGUUGUAUAAGCGCGCGAGCGUCCGACCUGCCAACACACACUGACACUCACUCAUCUCACACCGCGCGCGAGAGCGAGGGACCGCCGCGUUUUUUAAAAAACUCUUCUCUUUCCCCUUCUUUUUUUUUUUUUUUUUUUUUUAAUACAGUAGUAAUAAAACAAGAAAGCGGACCGGAGGCAUAAAGAAGACAGGGACUUGUGGGAUGAAAACGGGGCUAAAAAGAUUCAUCCUCUCUUGAACAUCAUCAUCACCAACCAUCAUUCAUUCAUUACCUUGACAACCUCUGGCUUUGAUUGACAGCUGGAGUGGCAAAAAGCCAUGAGACACGACAGUUUAGUUACAUGCAGGUUGUUGAUGGGCCGGCUGUAACCUUCAGUUUUGGUGCUUGACUUUUUUUUCUUUCUUUUCUGGGGGGCAAAGAGAAAAAGAAGAAGAAGAAGAAUUGCAAAAACUCUUCCCGAUGCCUGCGCUCUUUCUCAGCCAUAUACUGGAGAAUAGGAGAAUUCGGCGAGUUGCUUGAAAACGGGAUCUUUGCGGCGCGUGAGUUUGUGAGCGGACUGGGAAAUUAAAUCUACGACACAGAUCCAGAGGUUUAUUGGAGCGCAGGCUGAUGGCGCAAAGGUACGAUGAGCUGGCUCACUACGGCGGCAUGGACGGGGUCGGGAUGUACGGGGACCCUCACGCGCCGCGGCCGCUCCCGCAGGUCCACCACCUGAACCACGGACCCCCGCUCCACGGCCAGCACUACGGCACGCACGCCCCGCAUCCCAACGUCAUGCCCGGCAGCAUGGGCUCGGCUGUCAACGACGUGCUAAAGAGGGAUAAAGAUCAGAUUUACGGUCACCCUCUGUUCCCUCUGCUGGCUCUGGUGUUUGAGAAGUGUGAGCUGGCCACAUGCACUCCUCGCGAGCCCGGGGUGGCCGGAGGAGAUGUGUGUUCCUCGGACUCCUUCAACGAGGACAUCGCUGUCUUCGCUAAACAGGUCCGCGCUGAAAAACCUUUAUUUUCUUCAAAUCCAGAAUUGGAUAAUUUGAUGAUACAAGCCAUACAAGUAUUACGGUUUCAUCUUUUGGAGUUAGAAAAGGUGCACGAGCUCUGCGAUAACUUCUGCCAUCGGUACAUCAGCUGCUUGAAAGGGAAGAUGCCCAUAGAUUUAGUGAUUGACGAACGGGAUGGAAGCUCGAAAUCAGACCAUGAGGAACUCUCGGGAUCCUCCACGAACUUAGCCGAUCAU